UCUCAACAGCUCAGUAAAGAUGGAGCAGGUGCUGUAUAAUGUGGCGCAGACCGUCGAGAAACAGCUGGACAGCGAGCUGGAGAGGCUAGAUGCCCUGGACAACAGUGACCUGGAGGCGAUCAGGCAGCAGCGCCUCGCCGAGAUGAAGCAGAGAGCCCAGAAGAAGCAGGAGUGGCUCGCCAAUGGCCACGGCGAAUACACGGAGCUGGACGGCGAGAAGGAGUUCUUCGGCGUGUGCAACAAGUCCGAGAACGUCGUGUGCCACUUCUACAAGUCGGACUCGCCGCGCUGUCGCAUCGUGGACAUGCACCUCAAGAUACUGGCGAAGAAACAUGUCGAGACGCGGUUUGUGAAGCUGGACGCUGAGCGGGCUCCCUUCCUUGCGGGCCGUCUGAAGAUCCGCGUGAUCCCGACCAUCGCGCUGGUUAAGAGCAACAAGACCAAGGACUUCAUCGUGGGGUUCACCGACCUCGGCAACCGGGACGACUUCUCCACGGAGACCCUAGAGUGGAGGAUAGCCAGGUCAGACCUGAUCGAGUACUCUGGUGAGCUGGCGGUGCCGCCGGAGCAGGCGCGGGCGCAGCGCCGGCUGCUCGCGCAGGCCAACAGGACCGUCCGAGGCCGCCAGGACCAGGACUCCGAUGACGGACUUAGCGACUGAUA